CAGAAAUCAUAACAGUCUACAAAAUGAAUUCAGUGUGUAUAUUAGUUUGCUCUGCUCUUUUGGUUGGAACAACUUUUGCAGAGGAAAAAUGUAGCAUAGUUUUCCCACAAAAAGGAGCCGCUUUCCGACCUUUACUUUACAAUGCCGACGAAACGGAAUUACUUUUGGAAAAUCACGAAGGUGCUUACAAAGUUCCUUCAGGAAAUAGCGUGAUUUUCACAUGCAAACAACAUGAAAUCACAGACGAAACCAUUCACAGUGUGAUUGCCCAUUGUAGAAAUGGUCAGCUGGUGGAUGAAAAUGGACAAAGUGUAGAGCCUUCGGAAAUAUCUUGCCAACUUCGUGUUUUGGAACUAAAGCCUGUUUUGUCCACGAAAUGUAGCGGCAGUUUGGCUAAAUAUCAAUUUCACAAACCAGGCUCUCAAGAUUUGUCCACAGUGGCGGAAACUUGUUAUGAUAUAGAUCGCAAUAUACCUGUUUAUUCUCAUUAUAAAGUGGCUUUACCACCACAAUUCCUCGAAAAUGAGGAUUUGGAUCCUGCGCCAUAUAUGUCAGCAGUCGAUAUUUUAUCAGUAUAUCGAUCAGACGAGAUCAAUAAAGUAGUCACUAAACUUUUAGGAGAAGGUCAUGUAAGACGUGAAAAUGUUUUGUAUACUGUAUCCCUUAUCCCCAAGGAGCAUUUGCACGCACAAUUCAAGGAUGUCAGUAGACGAGCACAUAAUCUUAUAACCCUUUGGGACAAUGUUCUAUAUGGUAACUUCGAAAACUUGGUACAGGAUAUUAGGAAAUUGAGAAAACAUCAACGAACUUUGGAAGUAUACUCUGGAGUUUCCCAAACACCUGCACAACUAACAAACAGUAAAGGAAAACUAACAGAUUUAUAUCUAAAAACAAGAAGAACUCAGAGAUCCUUCCCAAUUCCUGAAUAUUACUGGGCAGUUGUCUACGAAAGGGAAUCCCAAAAAGCUGUUGCCUUUAUCAUCAGAAACGAUUUAGAAGGUUCCACAACCAAUAUGUGUAGAAAUGUUUGCGAAGAUCUAGCUUGGGCUGAGAAUCUAAAACUUAAUGAUAACUACAAAAAUGCAGAAAUUGGACAAACCACUUGUUGCAAUAUUAAGGAGUUCCUAAAUGUCGUGAAAAAUGUUCCAGCACUUCGUGAUAUUGCUACAACCGUUGGUGAUGAUGGAAUUUUGAAAGAAUAAUUGAAAUUUAUUAAUGAAUUCUAUAUAUAAAAAGGCAUGACCAAUUGGAGAUGGUUAACACUGUGGUUAAAAUUAAGGUAAUGGAACGAGA